UGAUUAAUGAAUUUUUUUGUGGGAUUAAGGAUUAAGGAUUAAUGUUAUUCCGGGAUUAGAUUAGUCCAGGAUUAAUUAAAUAAUUCAAUUUGCUGGGAUUAAGGAUUAAGGAUUAAUUCACAAUGCUUUUGAAUUCGGGAUUAAGGAUUAAGGAUUAAUUAAUCCUGAUUAAUUCAUGAUUAAGGAUUAAUAUAAUUUUUAUUUUCCUGCACAGAAUUAUCGACACAGCGAUAUUAAUGUGUCAAAUCUCAAAUACUUACAAAACGUGCAAUAUAUAGUAGUGUUGCGUUAAGUACGUAAUAAAAAUCAAUGUUGGAAUAAUAUCCCCGCCAAUUACGGCAAGUUUUGGUGCACAAGCUAUGCCCCUGGCCUUUACAGAGCCACAAGACUUGUCAAGUUCUUCGACAUCAAAAAAUGUGCCGGUCAAAACGAAUGGCAAACCUUUCAGUUCAGUUAGAUUCCUGUUCGCCAUGAUUAACGAUUGAAUCAGUACUUUUAUGGAAGCAACAAUAUAAAGUUAAAAAAUAUAAUGCAUGCUAGAUAAUUUCAGGAGAGGAAAGUAGAAAGAAUGGAAAAAUAUCACAUGGUUGAGAAUAACUGUUACCUUGCUCAUUCGCAGUAUUAAUCUCUCGUGAGAAUUAAUCCUAAUCACGAUUAAGGAUUAAUAAUUUGGGCAUGCUUCGUCGGGAUUAAGCAUUAAGGAUUAAUGGAGCAAAAAUAUUUCGUCGGGAUUAAGGAUUAAGGAUUGAUUUCACACAUUUUUUUGUUGGGAUUAAGCAUUAAGGAUUAUUAAUCCUUAAUCCCAAUCCUUAAUCCGUUAAUCACGAUUAAUUAAUCACGGAUCUCUGCAGAUUGGCAUUUCCCACGAUGGCCCAGCAGGCCGAAAGAGCCAGGCUUCUCUGCGCACUCAUCGACGCUCAGAAGGCAAAACCUGAACAUUUUGAAGCAGGUAGGGCAGCCGCUCAAGCAAUUUCCCUUAGCCUACAACGACGAGAAGACUUAUCCGUGGCCGAGGUCCGUUUUUCGGGUAGUAUUGCGAGAGGAUCGUCCCUUAACAGCUCGGAUUUUGACUUGGUCGUCUUCCUCAACAAUGUGGAACCACCUUUCUCUUCUCGCAUUGUUGAUACAAUUCAAAAGGCCGUCCGACAAGCUAGAGUCCCCGGUGGGAUGAUUUACUAUCGAGGAAAGAACAACAAGCUGGUAAAAGCAUCCGCGCAAAUUGGAGAGUUCGACUUGAAGUUUGACAUUAGCAUCGCAUCAGCGAUUGUAUCCCGUGUCGACGACGGGCAAACCGAAGUUACCCGGGCUGCGUUGGAGAUGGAGGAGGGUGGGGAAGCCUCACUGCGAGAAAUCAGCCCGGUUUUUGCUGAAGCUACGAUGUUAUUCUUUCGAGAUGUAACGUCACCGAUGCUGGAAGCUAUUCGCGUCGCGAAGUAUUGGAAUAACAAGGUAAAUCUGCACGGCGUCAAAAUCCAUGGGAUCUCACUUAUCGUAGAGUUGGUCACACUCGAGGCGAAUCAUCCUUCGGAGGGGACGGAUUUGGAAGCCAGAUUUGUCAAGUUUUUGCGAGCAAUGCAACAUUUGGCCGAGCAAGAAGUAACUGUGACAGCGUAUGGUCCCGAUCGCCUCUGUUCAUGGUUUUCCCGGCCGACUCCACGUAUUUUGGCUUUCGCAAAUCCUGAUGAUAACUUGGGGGAACAAUUCCAAUCUGGUGAACCUGCCCAUAGUGCGUUGGCACACUACAAGAAAGCCGCAACUGAAACGCUGGAGAAAAUUGAGAAAGCGUGGCAAGGUUUGGAUUAUUAUCAAAAUCCGGCAAAUUGGUUUUAA